AUGACCUACAUAUCGAACGAUCCCUCUUAUUGGCCUUAUCUCGAAUGGAAUCAUAGGUACAACUAUUUUAUAAUUGCGUCCUUGACCAUAGUGAUAUAUGAUUGGGUACUUACGUUUGCACAAGAGGCAAGUUGGUACCAUCACUGGUGCAGCCAUCUCACUAAGAUUGAACAACAGCUCGAACUAAUAUUGUGGAAUGCUCGUUUCAAUAUGCAGUGGGUAUUCUUCGCCGAUGUCUACUUUCCCAUUCAACUACUAAUUACGCUCCUAGGGCUUUUUCUUCAAGUUGACAACUUCAACAGCUGCAACAUUUUGUGGUUCAUGCUUGCAUGGACGCCUCCGAUAAUUAAUGCCAUGCUGGGAGUCAUCAUGGCAACUCGGAUACAUGCUAUGUACCAGGGAUCCAAAAGAAUACUCACCUUUCUCAUUGUGGUCUUACUGGCUUGUACGAUUGCCUCUGUGGUUAUGACAGUGAUAGGAAAUAUCGGUGUUUCAGGGGUGGAGAACAUCCGUUCUGGCAACCGUCAGUGUUCCGAAAAUAUGAACACAGAGGACGCACAUCUAAAUGUCGAAACUCUGAUACCCACCACUGUAUGGGAAAUCCUUGCUUUGUGUCUUGCAGUCUGGAUUGUUGUCAAAAAGUUCUGCGAACUGAAAAAAUCACAGGCAGGGGCGAACAUUAGAGAAUGUUUCAUGGUUUUAAUGAGGGGUCAUAUGCUGUACUUUGUAGCCUUUGCUGCUGUGUCUUGCUUCAACCUCAGCAUACUGUCUCCAAAUCUCUCGUCCUUUUCUGUGGGAGUCGAUUUUUAUUACGGUAUUAGCGAAGUUGCCCAGGCCAUGCAGAUGUUUGUGUUGGGACCACGUCUCAUCCUUAGCAUUCGAGAAUAUCACGCUCAGCUCGCGGAGAGCUCUGACGAAGCAACUUGCUUCACUACAAUAGAUUACCCUUAGUUGUACAGGGCAGAGAACGGAUUGUCCAUUAAGGAGAUUUUCGAUGACCAGGAUAACUUUUGUGACAUCAGACAAUAAAGAAGCAGACUGCCGAGAGGAACGUCGACUUCAGCGCACUGUGCCACGCGCCUGGGAAGAUUGAAUUUUUUUUUGCUUUGCACCAUACGAUCAGCGUGAUUGGACCAGCAAGAAUCAGAUUUCAACGUUCUCAACGGAACGUUCAACUCCGAGUCUGCUUACAAUUUCAAAGUCAAUUCCUCAAGACAACACCUUCAGCCCAGGACAUCGGAAGUGAGAUCGCGUGUAACAGAUGGAGUGUACAUGUGGGUGGUGAGCCUGUGAACAGAAUCAACUGAUGAACGGAUGGGCAGUGGGCACUGGUCGGACAUGAAUUCCUCGGUCAGAUCCAGGAUAAUCGAGUCUCAUUGGUCGCAGAUUCUCUGUUAUGGCCGGCCGUGCAGACUUGGCUGAAGAGG